AUUUUUCUUUCGAAGUAAUUCGCAAUCACUGUGAAAAUUAUAUAUUUUAUAUAUAUGUGUGUGCGAGAAGGGGAGCAGAUGGUAGUUAUUUUAGACAUGAACGUGAGCGUCCAGAGCGUCAACUACCUGGUUUUCACACUUGUUACAAGCAACACUAUUUGUGAUGGAUUUCCAGCAUCGCGCAGGAGGAAAAACAGGUGGUGGUGGACAGGCAUCAUGGUCAGAGAGUAAUAGAGACCGUCGAGAGCGAUUGCGUCAGCUAGCUCUCGAGACUAUUGACCUAAACAAGGAUCCAUAUUUUAUGAAAAAUCAUUUAGGAUCAUAUGAAUGUAAACUAUGCCUCACCCUUCACAAUAAUGAGGGAAGCUACUUGGCCCAUACUCAGGGCAAGAAGCAUCAAACAAAUUUGGCAAGACGUGCUGCCAAAGAGGCCAAGGAAUCCCCAGCACAACCUGCCCCAGAGAAACCCCGUGUUGAGAUGAAAAAGUUUGUUAAAAUUGGUCGUCCUGGAUACCGUGUUACUAAACAGAGAGAUCCAGAGACUGGACAGCAGAGCUUGCUGUUUCAAAUUGAUUACCCAGAAAUUGCAGACAAUGUAGCACCUCGUCAUCGCUUCAUGUCAGCCUAUGAACAAAAGGUAGAACCUCCAGAUCGUAAAUGGCAGUAUCUUUUGUUUGCGGCAGAACCAUAUGAAACCAUAGCCUUCAAGGUGCCUAGUCGAGAAGUAGAUAAAUCCUGGACAACUUGGAACAAAGAAACAAAGCAAUUCUUUUUACAAUUUGCUUUUAAAAUUGAUCCCAAAGCCAAAAUGAUUCCUCCAGCUCCUCCACCACUUUCAGGACCACCAGGUCCUCCAGGUCCACCAGGACAUCCAGGUAUGCCCCCACCGCCUGGGUUACCACCACGCCCACCCAUGAUGCCUCCUGGGCCUCCACCUCCAGGCAUGCCACCUCCACCAGGACCCCCUGGCAUGCCACCACCACCCCCAAUAAGACCACCAAUGAGACCCAUGAUGCCGCCGCCUCCUGGACCACCAGGACAUCAUGGACCACCGGGUCAUCAUGGGCCACAUGGUCCUCUGAGACCUCCUCCAGGCCCACCUGGCAUGGGUCCUCCUCCUGGCAUGCGUGGGCCUCCACCACCACCUGGAGGCCCACCUCCACCUCCGCCACCAUUUAACCCAGUUCCUCCUCCACCACCGUCAGGUGGAGUACCUCCACCUCCACCACCUAAAAACUAGGAUUUUAUGAAUAGGUAUUGUAUGUGCAGUGAUCACUGGAAAGUUCUUUCAAUCUGCUUAAAAAUUCAAGUGAUGGCAAAAGAUUAGGGAAAUGGCAGACUAAUUAAGAAUAAUGUUAAGUAGCUGUAUUUUCAAAUUUGCAAUUUUUACUAUAAAGACAAAUACAGAUUGGCAAUUAAA